AUGGCUGUCACUAAGGGUGACACAAAAGAUCAAUUACUGUCAGCAGUGACUAUCUCAACCACACAGACUCCAGGAAACCGUGAGGUUAUCCGCUACAGACGGGAACCUUCUAUAUCUAAUCUGCCGAUACAAGUAGGAGAUAUACAAUUUGACAACAAUGUUACGGUUCAGAUCAAGAUUUAUGAUAUUUACUAUGACUAUGAAGUGGUUGAAAAACAUUUUACAAUUGAAGCACCUCAAAUUUAUGUACCUGUCAAUGGAGAAGAUGUGACUAAAGCAUUGCUCCUGAUAACCACCUUUAAUGAUAAAAUAGGUCCCAUGACUGCAGGCGGUGAUAAUGUCAGGACAUUUAGAUACAUUGCGUCCAUUGCGUCUAUGAUCCAUAAAUAUCCAAACAAAAUGAAUACAACAACGCCAGAGGAUAUCAUUGGUGGAUCUGUCGAUCACGUGACAUUAUACGAAGAGUCUGAUGUGGAGAUACUUUAUGAAAAUUUCCUAAUAAAUAUAACCAAUAUCAUGGUCGAGGAUGUUAAAAAUGUGUCCGAUCUGUCGUAUAAGAUCUACAGUUUGUCGGAAAUUUCAUCGAUACUUAGUGGAAUUGAUGCAGUGGUCAGACACACCAUAUAUAUAAAGUUUAAUUCUUUGAGAAACAUAUUACGGGUUUUUCUGGACAUAUCCCAAUGUUUUGUGUCAAGAGUAAAGCACACAGAACUUCCGCUACGUAACCAUGAUGUUUCAACUCUAAAUGAAAUUGUCAACCAUUUCGUUAGAAUUUUGAAUAACCUGAUAGAAGUUCUGAUUCCGAAGCAAUGGAUUGACUUCGAUGAGGAAUUAUCAUUUUUAAGUGUUCUAUCCGAAUUAGUCCAUAUAUUUGGCACACAUAUUGAUACAAACCUAAUCGUGCAAGAGAGAACAGAUGGUAUAUCUCAUCGACUGAGAGAAAAAGCUGAGUUGCUGUUUGAACUUCGAACCUAUGAAAGAGAAAUCGCCACUAUACAGCGAGAGAUAAUGAGUGAAUACUUUCAAAGAAUACAAGACACCAUAAUGGAUGUUCAGCUUUUGACUUUAGAAACAAUAGUGACGGGAGAGAAACUGGAAUUUCAGAAACCUCUGAUUAAAUUAAUAACAGACAAAACAACAUAUGGUGAUUUCAGAGAAACUUACAUCAACAAUAACAUGAAGAAUUCAUAUAUUCUUGGACUAAGUAACCUGAAUAAUACAUUCUCCAAUCCGAAUACGUUACUGAAUGUAAUGGUAAGAGCAUGGUUUUAA